GGGCGCAGGACUGGCUCCCUCCGCCCGGUGACUGUCUUGGCAACGUUUUGACGCGAAUUUUGCAGGAAGAUGAGUGUGUGUGUGGUGGCUGUGGUGGCUGUGGUGGCGGUGGUGGCUGUGGUGUGUGGGACCUCGGCAACAGAGAGGGACGGGAGAUUCUUCUUCAUCAACCCAGGAAAACCCACGGCAGUCACGUUCCUGUUGAACGUGCCUCUGUCGCUGGUCCUGCCCACCCUGGCGCCGGUGAACGGGCGGUCCCUGGACGCUGAGGGCCGGGACGAGACUCCCGAGGACCUAGCGUGGGACCAGGCAUAUGAGUAUUCCUUGAAGCGGCUCCUGGUGUACUUUCAACAUCUUGAGCUGACGACGAUGGCGUGCCAGGAGCGUCUUAUAUGUGAGAUUACUGCCGACCCUGACGGCUUCUCCCCCAUCACUCAGAUCUUCACCAAGGAGCUCAGGCUCGAACACGGGCCUGUGGAAAGAACGGAGGACUCCCUCAUGUGGCGGUACUUGACAGCUGCGCGCGAGGGCUUCACGGAGCCCAUUGAGCGGUGCGCCGUCGCCUACCCCACCUGUCCUCUGUCCGCCCACAGCAUCCUGGACACGUCUGUUCUUAAGGUGUGGCAGUUCUUAGCGUCAAAACUGAAUUUAAGGCUUAAAUAACCUGUUAGUGAAGCAAAUUAAAGCAGGUAUAGAAUAUACAAGUGAACCUGAAAGCAAUACAAACUGAAGAAAUUAAUUAUGAAUUUGUGAUUUUGCUAGUCAAUACUGCUUUUAUAAAAUACUAAAGUUAAUACAUCAAAUACAAAAUAGUUAUUAUUACUUAUACAUUAAUAUUCAGAUUCAAUUAAAAGCCAGCAGAUACAGGCGAGACUUACUGUAUAUCCAAAAGUGGUUGGAAGAAUGGUAAAUGCUUUUCAACAUUGUGGAAAUGAAGUGUUUUACGUGCGGGGCAUGACAAUGUGCAUCACCGCUACCACAUCAACAACGUUACCUUACAGCAGAUUGAUGAAGAAAUAGAUCUCGUCAUCAGAAUCCACCAAUCACUGAAAGUUGCACACCAAGUGGGAACUGCAGUACAAAAAAGCUGGCCAAAUCCUAAGAGUCAAAAGAAACUUAGACUUUUAAGGAAAUAAAGGUAAUUAUUCAGCUAUAAAAGUCCCUGGUGUGCCCUCACUGGGAUUAUUGUAUGCAAGCGUGGUGACUUCAUCUUCAGAAAGAUAUCUGCUUUGGAGAAAGUGCAACACCGGGCAACAAAAAUCCUUCUGGAACAAAGUCAACUCUCGUACCAGGAACGGUUGAGGGCCACAGGGCUAACAACACUGCAAACCAGACAUGACGCGGCUGAUCUCAUCGAAACUUUUAAAAUUGUGAACAAUUUGGAGGAUAUCGACCUGGACAACUUCUUCAAAAGGUCAAAUGUGACACAAACAAGGAGCAACAGUUUCAAACUCAUCAAGACACAGCGAAGGAUUGAAAACAGGAGAUGCCAUAUCACCCAUACGGUUAUAUAUCCAGAAGCCGCCUACUCGACGAAGCCAUAAAUACCAAAACAAUGCUGCAAUUGAAGAUCGAACCCAAUAAAAUCAUCAGGACAAAUGAGGGACAGUCGACAGCCGCCGGCUUCCUGUCCUCGUCGAGUCCACAAGAGAGAGAGAUGGCGGCUCUCGGGUAAAACUAAUAUCUAUGAACACUUUCUAAAGACAGAGACACUGACGUCUUAAGUUACGGUCUUCAACACAGAUUGGAGGUGGACAUUUACCUCAACAGAGACAGUAUUACGUGAGGUGAUCGCCCCUCAUCUUUCACCAGGUGUGAGUUCACAGAGAGUGCCAUGCAGCCUAUCUUCGACAUCUACUGAUCUAAACCUAUAUUUUCGAAUGGCAUAAUAUCAUACAAUUAUGUUGCUUUUGGGAAAAUGUUCUCUAUAAAUUCCAUACAUUGUUAAAUUAAAUUUCUUUCAAUUUAUAUUAUAUUUUUUUCAACGAAAGUCUCAUCAUUCAAAUUUGUGGAUAUAAUAUUAAUUUGGUGCAAUUGUGGAGACUCACAGCUUCAGAUAAGGAAUUAAAAGAGCAAUGAGGUAAUCUUGUAGAUUAUCUCUUAAGAGUAUGGCUUGAUUACCAAGUAUGGCUAAGAGUAUUUCUUGACUUGUCACUCAAGUUGUUAGUGAUUAUUUCUUAUUUAUGCCUGAAAUAGUAUUUUUGCUAAGCCUGGAUAUCUCUGAAAUCAAGAUACAGUAAAGUUUCAUAAUAUGUCUCGCUAUACAAGUAUUAUGAUCUUAAGUUAAUAUAUACAUGACUCUUGUCUUAGAAUUAGUUAAUAAUGUUACAAUUGUUAAAUUUAGUAUCGUUUUUGUAUCUUUUUUUUAUUUAAUAUUAUAUUAUAUUGGGCAUUACCGUUUUUGUAAGGCUUAUAAUAUAUAAUUCUCAUAGUGUGUAAUGUAUAGUUUUUAUAGUGUAUACCUUAUAAUUCUCAUAGUGU